AUCAGUGUUGACUGAAAGUGCUGUGUUCCUUUAAUGCUGAAUCUGCCUAUGGUGCUGUUUUGUCUGAUUGGGUGAAUCUCUCAGGAGGUUCUGGUCUGUUGCAAAUAAUCACUAGCGACUUUGUGAGCUGUGAGCAGUGGCCAAUAAAACCACUUCAUGUAAAGUACACCCACUGACACCGGGAAGAGGUAACUUGAUCCCUGCCGAGGUACAAGAACAGAUUUCUGGUCCUUUUUGUACCUUUUAUUGCAAGUUAUUUGUAAAUUCUGUCUAAGUAUACACUUCCUGAUUUAAAACGAAUUUCUGACCUGAAUUUAUAUUGGAACACAUCUGCUUUGAGGCAUUCUUUGAGAAAAGGAUCUAGCAAAGUGACUUAAGGUUAUUAAGCCUUGUGGCUGAUAACAUUAGUCAUCGUAAUGAAGCUGAAAGGAGCAAAAAAGCCAUCUUUCCCUUGGUUUGGAAUGGAUAUUGGCGGAACCCUUGUCAAACUUGUGUAUUUUGAACCAAAAGACAUCACAGCUGAAGAAGAGCAGGAGGAGGUGGAGAAUCUGAAGAGUAUUAGGAAGUACCUAACCUCUAAUGUAGCCUAUGGAAAUACUGGGAUUCGCGAUGUACACCUGGAACUGAAGAAUUUGAUCAUGUGUGGACGCAAAGGGAACUUGCAUUUUAUCCGUUUUCCAACACAUUCUAUGCCUAAAUUCAUUCAAAUGGGUAGAGACAAAAAUUUUUCCAGUUUGCACACCACGAUGUGUGCCACUGGAGGUGGGGCCUACAAGUUUGAGGAUGACUUCAGAAAGAUGGCUGAAUUACAACUUCUCAAGCUGGAUGAGUUGGACUGUUUAAUCCAAGGUCUGCUCUACAUUGAUUCAGUUGGGUACAACGGUCAGUCCGAGUGUUACUAUUUUGAAAAACCCACUGACCUCGACCAGUGCCAGAAAAAGCCGUAUUGCUUGGAUAACCCUUACCCUAUGUUGCUGGUCAACAUAGGUUCAGGAGUCAGUAUCUUGGCUCUUUAUUCUAAAGAUAAUUACAAAAGGGUGACUGGAACCAGUCUCGGUGGUGGAACUUUCCUUGGCCUCUGUUGUCUGCUUACUGGAUGUGAGACCUUUGAAGAAGCUUUAGAGAUGGCAGCAAAAGGAGACAGUACCAAUGUGGAUAAAUUAGUUAAAGAUAUCUAUGGAGGGGAUUAUGAACGAUUUGGUCUACUUGGAUGUGCAGUAGCGUCCAGCUUUGGACACAUGAUGAGUAAAGAGAAGCGAGAUUCCAUUACUAAGGAAGAUUUGGCUAGGGCAACACUGGUCACUAUAACAAACAAUAUUGGAUCGAUAGCUCGAAUGUGUGCACUGAAUGAGAAUAUCGACAGAGUGGUAUUUGUGGGAAAUUUCUUGAGAAUUAAUAUGGUCUCCAUGAAAUUACUUGCCUAUGCAAUGGAUUAUUGGUCGAAUGGGCAACUGAAAGCCUUGUUCUUGGAACAUGAGGGCUAUUUUGGAGCAGUCGGGGCAUUGCUGGAAUUAUUGAAGAUGACAGAUGUCCACUGAAAUGCUGAGUAGACCACAACUAUCAACAAAACUUGUUAUUGUAUGGAAAGCUGCUGUACGGAAAUUAAUGGCAAACUGAACUCCUCUAACCAAACAAUUAACUAAUAAUUUUCACACAGUUUUACAGCAGGUCCUGUUCUGCUGCACUGAGACUCAUUUCAAAGGGAUAUUCAAUAACCCAGUGUUGUAAAUACUGUAGCAAUUUUAAACCAUGCAAAAUAGCCAAAACUCACUGGUUUCAUGUAUUAAUAAUGGAAAAUAAUUACUGUAUAAAUGUGGGCUGAAUUUUUUUCCCUUUUCUGGGAUGUACUGCCUUGUGAAAACAAUAAUCAUUUUAGUAUUAUUUAUAAUGACCUGAAAGAUUUAAAUCCGUUCUCAUCUUAUUUCAAACCCUGCCCUUGGUUUCAAAUGAAACCACAAAACUGAAGGAUUGUGAAUAUUGCAGCACAUUGAUUUUUGUUGCCUUUUUAAAACUGUCCUGAAUAAGACUUUAUAAAUGAUUUUCUUUGAAAACGCGCGCGCACGCGCGCGCACACACACACACACACACACGUGUCUACUGGCAAAUGUGCCAGUAUCAAGACCAGCUUAAAAAGCCAAUCACUUCUUGAUGUGCCCACAUUAUUGACAAAAGUGCUGAACUCGCCACAACAAUUUUUUUUUGUAAAAUCACUAUUUAGGUCACAUGAAUGAAGAAGCCUUCCCACAAAUGUGAAACUGCUUUGAUAAUUAUACUGUUUAAUUAAAGAAAACCACUUCUUUAAACUACUGUAUGAUUGAAAGUUCAUCAAAUUGUCAUUGAACUCGUUAUCUGAUAUGUUUAACCUAUUUAAAUGCAAUCCUCUCAUUGUACAAGAUAUUUUUGAGUAAAUUCCUAAUGUUUAGGAUACAAUAUAUCUGGUGUUUGAACUUAAUCAUGGGAACUAUGCAGAGAAAGGUGCCAGUAUUGAAUUUUAUGUUUGUUAAAUAUACAUUUACUUGUGGUAUGUAUUCCAUGAUCAUUGUAUACCAUGUUUCUAAAAUGACAAAUUAUGUUGGGGACGACUUUAAAAUUGCUUAACACUUGUGAAAAGAUUUGUUUCUUCCGGUGUUUUAUUUCCAUUAUGGCAGGUGGUGUAUAAUUUUACCUUUGUAAUAUUCUCACAUUGAUUUUAGUUGGAAUAUCCAAACACUUUUGGUUAAUAGGAUAUUCUUUCUAUUUGUUUUCAUUGAUCAAGACGAGCAAAUGAUUUGAUCAUUCCGCUUGAAUGCUGGUGUAGUUAGUUAUUCUAUCUCUGUUUCUUUCUUAGUUGUAAACACCACCACUCCCACCCCAAAUCUUUAUUCCCAGUCACUUUUCUUACCAUGUUUUUGCUCUUUGCUUGUCCGCUGUCUUUCCACUGAAAUUACUCUUGCCUUUUUCCGAUUUCCUGACCUCAGCUUGUGUCUCAUCAUGGACAGCUUAAAAGUCCAACCAGUCUCCCUCCACUGCAUCAUUCACCACCAGGUAUAUUUAUUCUCAUUUUAAAUUAUUCUGACUCUGCUCACUUUCUCCAAAGUAUGGGAUUUCCUAGGAUACAAUCUACCUUGUUACAGUCCAGUUCACACCAACCUAUACAUUGGUGACUUUAUUGGUGCUACUUCUUAUUCUUGUCUUGAUUUCAUUGACAAUUUCCACCCUACUUUUACCUUCACAGAGCCCUUCUCAUCCUUUCCCAAUCUCCAUCUCUCCUUCAGCACCAGUUGCCAUAAUAAGCCUGCGGACUCUCACAGCUACAUUCACCACACUUCCUCCCAUUCUGCUUCCGUUAUAAUCCUUUUUUCCAUCUCCGUUGCAUCUGUUCUGAAAAUGGGAUUUUUAUGUUUCUAAAGUCUUUUCCCUCAAUUAUUAUUUUUUUACCCCUCCAAUCCUCCAAAGUUGACAUAGCCCUCAACCUUGUUCCAUUUCCUGCAAGUAAGCUGUCACUCCUCUCCCUUCACAUUCUAGAUAGAAUUUGCCUUGUCUUUUGCCACCUGACUCAGCUUUCAGUUUCUUCUGGUUCUUCCAAUGUUAUAAGACAAAGGAGCAGAAUUAGGCCAUCAAGUCUUCUCCACCAUUCCAUCGUGACUGAUUUAUCAUCCCUCUCAUGCUACAGCUGAUCUCAUUCCUCCUCCACCCUUACAAAGAGGUUCUUCUUACCCUAACGGUAGCAUGGCGGUCUAUUACACCUUGGAGCCUCUGAGUUCAAUUCUAAUGCCGUCUGUAAGGAAUAUGCACAUCCUGCCUGUGAACAUGUGGGAUUCCUCCGGGUGCUCUGAAUCCCUUCCACAGUCCAAAGACGCACUGGUUUAUUGGUCAUUGUAAAUUGUCCUCUGAUGGCCAAGUGUUAAAUAGAUGGGUUGCUGGGCGGCACAGCUCUUUGAGCUAUGUGAGCCUGUUCCGCACUGUAUCUCGAAAUAAAAUAAAACAUCUGGUUGAUUGUUCCACUUCUCCUUUCCGUUGCACCUUUCUCCACAAGGUAGUUUUACUAGUUUAGAAGUACUGCUAGUUUAGUAGGCUCUACUGUAUGUAUGCUGCAAAUUAUGUGGUCACCUCUGUACUGGAGAGACCAAACCCAAAUUGCCUGAAUGUUUUCAGAAUACCUCCAUAUAUCCACAAAUAUGACCUCAAGCUUCCAUUGGCCUGUCUCUUUAAUUCUCUACCUCAUUCCCAGUCUGAUCUCAGUAUCCUCAACUUCCUGUGCAGUUCCAGUGCACUGCCUAUUUUUUACUAAGCAGAUUACAGCCUUGUGAACAUAGCAUGGAGAUCCGGAGUUGCAAGUGAUCAGUCUUUCGCGUACUUUUCUUCCAGAAUUCCAGUAUUCGCACCAUAUUCCCCAGCCAAUUUGAGAUAAUUUGCUUGGAUUCAGCCACUCUCUGGAAUACACCUUCAUUCCCUUGUCAUUUAUUUGCUUUCCUUGUAUACUAUCAUCCCUUCUGCCACUUACUUUAUUCUCUCUGCUGAAUUUCCUCCCCACCCUACUUUCUCUGUUGAAACCCAUUUUACCUUGCACAUUUCCUCAUUUUCUAAUAACAAAUCAUCUAUCUGAACUGUUUCUUUCUCUGCAGUUACUGCCUGAUGUGAGUAUUCCCGGCAUUUUCUUUUCUUGUUAUUUCAUAUUUCCAGAAUGUCUAUCUCUAUGCUGUUUUACAUGUAUUUGUGUUUUUAAAAAAUAACUAUUGUUCAGUAAGAAAAAAUAAUGUACUUUGCCACUGAGGGAAAUUCCUACGUGAAUUUUAGGUUGAGCAUACCACCAGCAUUAAUCCCUGAAUUCAAGUGAAUGAGGACUUUGAAAUUAACAGGAUGCAAUAUGUGAGAUUAGUUGCAAACUUACUUGAUAAUGUGACACUAACUAGUAAGCUAUUUCAACAUCCAUUUCUGGCUUGUGGUCUGUUUCAUGUUAUUCCUCAAAGAGCAUUUUAAAAGGUGGCUGUACAAUGUAUGUUCUAAGCAACCAGAAAGAACAUAAAAUUUUACAUUUUAAAAUAAAGUCUUAAAGUAAGUCCAGUUUCAAACUUUGUAAUGACAGUAUUUUUAUUGUGUCUGAAAAAUUAAACAUCAUUGCAGACAGACAUCAGUAUGACUUAGUAUUGUUUCAUAAGUGAUUCCAGGUUUAUUGGCUUGCGGGGAGUAAAUUGAUUGGAUGGAAAACACGGACUAAUUCAAGAUUCAAGAUUGUUUAUUGUCAUUCUUCAGUACACGCGUGUAAAGGAGAACGAAAUGAUUGUUACUCCGGAUCCAAUGCAGCAGAAGAAAAACACAAUAAAUAUAAAUAUAAAAGCAAUCCUGUGAAACACAAUCUAAAGUAACUGUUGAGUGCAGCUGUAUGUAUGUAUGUAUGUAUGUGUGUAUAUAUAUAUAUAUAGCUUGUGUACAUAGUUUGAUUGUAUGUAAAUUAAGUGAUGCUAGGUAGAAGAGUAUUUGAACAUUAGGUGACUGCCAGGAAAUGAAGUAGCAAAGUGAUUCUUGACAAGAAGAACUCUUCUAGAUAGUAGCAGGUCUUAUGAAGGUACGGUAGGACAGUGACUGUGUCAGUGUCAGUAUGAGGUGUGGAGUGUAAGUGUAAAGUGGCAGUGGGGGAAUGAAGGGUGCUGAGAGCCAUUGGAGAGGAAUGGCUGAUGUGGAUGUAGCAAGCUGGUGGGGUGGGUCACUGGGUGAAGGUGUUGGCUUGGGGGAGGUAACUGUUUUCGAGUCUAGUGGUCCUGCUGUAAUGCUGUGUAGCCUCUUCUCUGAUGGGAGUGGAACAAAACAAAUGGAAGUCACUCUUUCUUUAUAUUUAAAAAAGUAUAAUAAAGGAAAUGUCCAGAAUGUUAAGGAACUAGAUCUGCAAAGCUGACAACAGCACAAAGGAUUGACAUCAAUCAACUACUUCAGAUCCACGGUAAAUAUUAGAUAUUUAUGAGACUUGAGAUAAAAUGGCAAAUGGAUUCAGUAAGAUGAUACUCAGUCAGUGCUUGGAGGUUAUGGGGAUUAUACAUUUAAGACUAAUUGAAGAUCAUGUCAGGCUGAAAGUAAGAUUUUGAGGACUUUCCGAGGCAACAAAACUGUGAAAGAGAGAGGCCACUGGCAUUGAUGUACAAAGUGGCCCCAGGUGAUAUUAAGGAAAUGCUUUAAGUACUCACUGAAAUGGAUGAGAUUUUGGAUUUGAAAUUCUGCUCUGGAUCACACAGUUAGCCAGAUUCUAACAGGUGCGUUUCAACUACUGUGGAAGUGGCUUGCAAGGGAGAUAAAAUAGCAAAAAUGCUUUCUAAUUGGUUUAGUAGUUAAGGGGAGUGAAUAAGUUAUGUAGAGUAGCAAACACAAAAUGCUGGAGGAACUCAGCAGGUCAGGCUGCAUCAAUGAGGAAGAAUAAAUCUUUGUCACUUCUGGCAGAAGCCUUUCACCGGUAUUGGAAAGAAAGGGGGAUGAAGCCAGAGUUAGACUAUGUCCAGAGCACUGCCUUCAUUCCUGGGCACAGUGCUUCAAGAAAUGCUGAUUCCUGUUGAAUAUUGCAGCAGUGGUUUAUGAGAAUAAGACUGAGGUGUAGCAAGUUAAAUAGGCAAUGUUGCACAGACUGUGUAUUUUUGUAAAUAUAGAAGAUUAAGGAUGGUACAGUGAAACUGCAGUGGCCAAAAAUAAACUGAUGUUCAAUGGAGCUCCACCUGCAUUUGAAAGCUAAGUAGGCUUUGUUUUAGCUACUGCUGAAAUGUGCACGUGUUUGGUAGUGUUUCCUCUCCCACUAUCAGGUACCAAGAGUAAUGCAAGUAGCAGAGUUUCAAGAUCUAUGUUUCCCACAAGAAAUGUUUGGUGUCAUACAUGCCAACACUCAUUCCCAGCUGUGGUUGACAUUGAAUUGUGCAGACCAUAUUAUAGAUAGAUAGAUUUAGAAGCACACCUGCUGUGUGUAAGCUAACCUGCAAGGUCCCACAAAGACUUAUCUUACUACUGAUCAAAUAUACCAUGUAGACUGAAGGUAGAGGCCCAAAAGAGUUACAAGGCCUCGGGUCACCAGGUGUGGAGGUCCGUGUGAGGUCUCUAUGACUGUAGUUCAAGAUAUGUCACAGUAACUCAUUAGGUUACCUGCUGUUAGUCAUGAGGUCAAGGAAACCAUGCUUUUAUGACUGCCAAAUCAAUGGGUGCAUAUAUGUAAGAACCUAAGUUCAAUAGCAUAGUGGUUCGCACAAUUGCUUUACAGCUCCAGCAGUAAGAUCCAUUUCGAUUCCCGCUGCUGUUUGUAAGAGUUUGUACAUUCUCCCCAUGACCGUGUGGGUUUUCUCUGGAUGCUCCAGUUUCCUCUCAUAUUGGAAAAGCUUACAGGUUAGAGUUAGUGAGUUGUGGGCAUGCUAUGUUGGUGCUGGAAGCAUGGUAACACUUGCAGGCUACCCAAUGAAAUCCUCGGUGUUUUGAUUUGAUGCAAAGGACGCAUUUCACUGUAUGUUUUGAUGAACAUGUGACAAAUAAAGCUUUUCUUGUACUACACUACAGCCUUUUCCUUUCAUUUUGUAUAUGGUCACUCUUCAACAGUCAACGCCACUCUUACUUAAUAACUUAGAGGAGAUUUACUGGGAUGUUGCCUGGAUUGGGGAGCAGGCCUUAUGAGAAUACGUUGAGUAAACUCGGCCUUCUUUCCUUGGAGUGACGGAGGAUGAGAGGUGACCUGAUAGAGGUGUAUAAGAUGAUGAGAGGCAUUAAUCAUGUGGUUAGUCAGAGGCUUUUUCCCAGGGCUGAAAUGGCUAGCAUGAGAGGGCACAGUUUUAAGGUACUUGGAAGUUGGUACAGAGGAGAUAUC